AGCUGACGUGCCUCUGUGAUGCGUCGUUUUGCGUCACUUCUGUGACGUGUUGUGAAGAUGCGCCCUGUUUUCACCGUCGUCCAUAAGAAGGGCUAUAAUUUGGAUAUAAUUGCCUGUUCGUGUUGUUUGAUACAGUAGAUCCCGUAGAAACUUGUAAAGUCUUUGAUACUUUAGUUAAGGAAAAGCAAGAUGAACCCUGAUCGCUUCAUCAAGGGCUUGUCCGGGCACCUGGAGCCACCAGUCCGGAAGCACCUGAAGAAUGUGUACUCUGCGGUGUCGAUCUCGACUCUGCUGGCGGGCGCCGGCAGCGCCGUCCACCUGUACACGGGCCUGCUGUCCGGUGGCCUGCUGUCGGCGCUCGCCUCGCUCGGCUUCAUGGGGGCACUCAUGUUCACCCCGGACGACGGCAAGAACACGGCCAAGAGGCUUGGGCUGCUCGGCGGCUUUGCCUUCUGCACAGGUCUGGGUUUGGGCCCGCUGCUGGAGCUCUCGCUGUUCAUCAACACCUCGCUGGUGACGACCGCCUUCCUGCUGAGCAGCGCCAUCUUCGUCAGCUUCUCGCUGGCGGCGCUGUACACGCAGCGCGCCCAGUUCCUCUUCCUUGGCGGCAUCCUCGGCUCGGCGCUCUCCACCAUGAUGCUGCUGUCGCUGGCCAACCUGUUCUUCAGGUCCCGCCUCAUCUUCCAGCUGGAGCUGUACGGCGGCCUGGUGCUCUUCUGCGGCUUCAUCCUGUACGACACGCAGCUGAUCAUCGAGCGCCGCCGCCGCGGCGACAAGGACUACGUCUGGCACUCGCUGAUGCUGUUUGUCGACUUUGUGGACGUGUUCCGCCACGUCCUGGUCAUCCUCAUGCAGAAGGAGGAGCGUAACAAAAAGAAGAACUGAGCUGUCAGAUCCGAGGCAUCUGGGCCGUGCCCGCGGUCAAAUGGCUCACGACCGCGGUGAACCCUGCGAGUGACGGAGAGCAGAGCAGAGCUUUUAACCCAUUGGCCGCGUGUGUCAGUUCCAUCGGGAUGGCCAGAAAAAGAACCGAAUCGGUGUUCGUCGCGCAUAAAGGAAUGUUGAAUGGUUGGUGUUACUUGUAAGCCACCCGGUAUCGGUCCGCGUGUUCUCUGGCAAAUUUUGAGGAACAUUCCGUGUUGUUUGUUUCAUUAUCAAGGUAAAUUAAUUGCUAGCAUGUAUCGAAUAAUAAAGCUGUUGGAUCUAAUUUGCGUGCGCGGUGAGUUAUGUUAUAUUCGGCGUGUUCACGAGCACUUAGAUUGAUAACCGGUGGCUCACGCGGUGUGCUGUGUCUAUUAAUAAUCCCCGGGAUAUUCGACUGAAAUAUGGAUGUUGCGAAGCCGUUUGGUAGGGGCUCCUAACACACAGACUAGACUCGUGUGAGUGCGGGUUGGUGUCACAUCUGCUAUUCGUGCGUUGCUUUCUGGACUACAGGUGAUCGCUUUGCGCCCGGAAAGGUUCCCCUCCUCCUCAUUGGCCGUGACAUAAGAACACCCAACCGGAUUGUUGUCUGUUUCAAAUUUUGCGUCCGAAGGCAUCACGUCGUGGGCGACAUUUUUUCGGUGUUGAAAGAUGUUCGGUGGUAUUUCAGUGUUUCUGUGUAUUAUGUCCGUUCAAUGGCAGGUUGCGUCUAAUUGAUGCAUAGUCAUAGCGGACUUAAUUGUUUAGGCCUUGCAUAUCAUGCGAUUUUUAAUUUUAAGCCCCAUCGCUGAUGUAAAAUUUAACGUUACUGAGAACGGUCUGGUUGUAGAAUUGAUUUCCAUCUGUGUGUUCGGCAAAUGAAUCAACGUGGCAGUUGUAGAAAUCGAUGUUUUGGCUACUGAUAUCAACCCGGGAGUCUGAUUCAGAGAAAAAAUAAAUUUUCGUUCGGUA